AUGAGUAAUCUUCAAACUGUGAAAAAGCAACUGGAACCAUGGUGUGAACUUAAAGACAAAGUGGUUCUUGUGACAGGAGCUUCCUCUGGUAUAGGAAGAGAGAUCUGUCUUGAUCUAGCCAAAGCUGGCUGCAAGAUUAUAGCAGCAGCUCGUCGUGUCGACCGUCUCGAAUCUCUUUGCUCUGAAAUCAACAAAACCGGAGUCCAAGCCGUUGCCCUUGAGCUAGACGUGUCAUCAAACGCAGCCACCAUUCAAAAAGCGGUAAAAGAAGCUUGGGACAUCUUUGGAAAGAUCCAUGCGUUGAUCAACAAUGCCGGAAUCAGAGGCAAUGUCAAGUCUUGUUUAGAUCUGUCAGAAAACGAAUGGGACAACGUCUUAACAACCAACUUAAAAGGAGCUUGGUUAGUAGCCAAAUACGUCUGCGUUUUGAUGCGUGACGCUAAAACCGGUGGUGGCUCGGUGAUAAACAUUUCAUCCAUCGCAGGGUUUCACCGCAGUUUAGCUCCUGGUGCACUCGCGUAUGCUUGUUCCAAAAGCGGUGUUGAUACCAUGACAAGAAUGAUGGCUAUUGAGUUAGGUGCUUAUAAUAUUAGAGUGAACUCGAUCGCGCCGGGGCUUUUGAACUCAGACAUCACAAAAGAUCUUAUGCAGAAAAAGUGGCUCAAGGUUGUGGCCGAGCGGAUUCUACCGUUAAAGGUGAACCAGACCGUGGAUCCGGGUCUCACUUCUCUCGUUCGCUAUCUACUUCACGACUCUUCUCAGUAUGUCUCCGGCAAUAUAUACAUUGUUGACUCUGGAACUACACUGCCCGGUCUGCCCAUCUUUUCUUCUCUAUGAAAUCUUAACACCAUGUUGUAAUAUAAAUCUUGGAUGUUUCAUGUGUGUAAUUUUCUUUUAGCUAUAAUAAGUACAAAUGUACACUUAUUAUAGCAAAAAAAAAAACAGAGAGAUCAAGGUCAUCUUUCAUUCACUAUUUAAAAAAAAAACUAUAUAUAUUUUUAUAUAUCGCAUUUGGUACUUACAGAAGAAACAAGAACUUCACAUGAUCUAAAUCCAGAUUUACAACCAAUCAAAUGCUUUAUUGCUCCUGCCAGGAAAAAAAGUUCUCCAGAACUUGCAUAAUUAAAACUCAACCAAGGGCACUGGCGCGGACCAUCCAGAUCCGACCCAUAAAAUUCGAAUCUGUUUCUCCACAACUUCCGAAAAAUUUGUAAGAGUUGGUGUAACUGUAAACAUUUGUGUUACUGUACAAUUUAAUAAAAUUUCAACUAAGUCGCACUUUUAGUAACUAUAAAACUUAGUAAAAGUUGAACUAACUUUUAUUGUAUCUUUUACAUUGGCAUUUAUUUUUUUGGAACACAUUGGUAAUAUGUUCUUUUAUUGUAUCUUUUACAUUGACAAUAUGUUCUUUAUUGAAGUUAAAAUAAAUAAAGAUAAUUUUCUAGAGAAAAAGUAGAGACAUUAUAUUAUGAAAUAUAUUUUACAUAAACUUAGCAAAAGUAGAUAAAAAUUACAUGUCAUAACUCUUAAACACACAACUAAUCUCCAAUUGGUCAGUCACGAACAGUCAAAUGAAUUUCAUUGUAGAAGUCCCAAGCUGAACAUUGCCAUAAACAACGAUCACAUUUCCAUCGUGUUCUUGAUCCAUAUAUGGAGACUACAAACACUAGUUCUAUUAUUGCGGAGCACCAGCAAUCAUAUGAGACGUUGGGAUCUAUUCUUUCCAAUAGAGACAUAAACAUCUCAGGUUUACCGUAAUCCCAAUGGCCAGAGAGCGUUCAACUAGUGAUCAUGUGAUACAUCCGAUCAACAUAUUCACGAGUAAAAUCAUGAUAGUUGUGAACCAAUCCUCUAUGAUCAACGCUAAAUGCUAAGUUCAUCAUAUCAUCUACAUAUUUGGCAAGCAAGCAUCCUCUCUCACCUGCAAGAUGAAAUUUUCCCUUCCUUCAUCAAGUAAAUGGAGGAUGAAGUAUUCAUACAUACCUUGCAAAUAGAUGGCCUCUGGAUUACCCAGUUGGUAGCACUUAAGCCUGAAUGUUCUAACAGUAUUGACCUGAUCUAACUAGUCAUUCAAGAAAAUGAGAUCGACAGAUUUGUAAAAGUAAUCUUCUCUGCCAACUGCGUUUAACCCGGGGAAAGAAACUUUAGCACAACCAAAGUCCCGGAUAUUGGUUAUUGCUACCUUGGAUAGAAUCUUGUGAAGCAUGGAAGGAGGGAGAGAAGCCAAGUUGAAGUUCGCCACAUAGAGAUAUUCGUUUAAUCAAGUAAAUGGAGAGAUAUUCAUUUUAUGAAGUAAAUGGAGUAUUCCCGUUUUAUUUAUUUGGAGAAGAUGAUAAUGAUCAUCUGACCCAUCUACAAUUAGACUCCUCGGGAAGACACG